AUGUAGCUUAAUUGAAUAUUGCAGCCAUUGAUCAUUUGAAGGUGUCAACCUUGAAACUUAACAUUUACAACUCAUCUAUCGCAACAACAGAAAUUCGCUUUACUUUUCCCAAUCGAUCCAACCCUUUCGCCUGUCUAUGUCUUAGGCUAUAUUAUAGUUCAAUUUUCUGUUUGAAUUUUGGAGCUCACACUAGCAUCUUACCUGGCCGUGUCCUAGCGAACGCUCGCACGCUCACACGCUCAAGAUAGUUCUCGUGGUGGCUUGCUAUCGACACAUUGACCACUAAUGCCUCGAUUGCAGCCUUAACGAACCAUCAAGCACAUAAUUCAUAAUAACUGCUAGGAGGGUUCUUGAAUAUGACUCAAAACUCCCCCGAACACUACGAACACCGCGCUCACCAUCCACCACGAUGCCGCCCCGAACGUAUAACAUCGCUAUGGUUAGCGAUUUCUUCUUCCCCCAACCAGGAGGCGUCGAAAGUCAUAUCUACCAGCUCGCUACCAAAUUAAUAGACCGAGGACACAAAGUCAUUGUGAUAACCCAUGCUUAUGAGGAUCGGAAAGGCAUCCGCUGGCUUACGAAUGGCAUCAAAGUCUUCCACGUACCCUUCGCCGUGAUCUAUCGAUCUGCCACCUUUCCCACCGUCUUCUCCUUCUUUCCACUAUUUCGCAACAUCAUACUCCGUGAAAGAAUCGAGAUUGUCCAUGGCCAUGCCAGUUUAAGCAGUCUCUGCCAGGAGGCCAUGCUACAUGCCAGGACGAUGGGUUUACGGACAGUUUUUACUGAUCAUUCGUUAUUCGGUUUCGCUGAUGCGGCGAGUAUUUUGACCAACAAGCUAUUGAAGUUCACGCUCAGUGACGUAGACCACGUUAUAUGCGUCAGUAAUACAUGCAAGGAGAACACUGUCUUGAGGGCAGCUUUGGAUCCUCUCAUGGUUUCUGCCAUCCCCAACGCAGUCGUGUCCGAAAACUUCAAACCUCUUCCCCGCCCUGAUCCAAGUAGCACGUCAUUCGCUCAGCAUCCCUUACCAUCCCAUCCAUUGGGUCCUAAUGAUACUCUUACGAUAGUGGUGAUUAGUCGUCUAUUCUAUAACAAAGGGACGGACCUACUCACCGCAGCUAUCCCCCGAAUUCUCGAGAACCAUCCUAAUACUCGAUUCAUUAUUGCCGGGUCUGGGCCCAAGGCUAUCGAACUAGAGCAGAUGAUCGAGCAGAAUGUCUUACAGGAUAAAAUUGAGAUGCUGGGGCCUGUGCGACAUGAAAUGGUACGGGACGUGAUGGUGCGAGGGCACAUAUAUUUACAUCCUAGCUUGACGGAAGCAUUCGGGACGGUAAUAGUCGAAGCUGCCAGUUGUGGCCUGUACGUUGUGUGUACAGCUGUCGGGGGCAUUCCCGAAGUGCUCCCAUCACACAUGACCGUGUUCGCAAAGCCCGAGGAGGACGACCUAGUAGCGGCGACGGGACGAGCGAUUGGUGCGCUGCGCGCAAACAAAGUGCGCACAGAGAAGUUCCAUGAACAAGUCAAGUCUAUGUACUCGUGGACCAAUGUUGCCAAGCGCACCGAGCGCGUAUAUCGUGGCAUCUGCGGCGACAUUAGCGAGGCCGAAUUUUAUGGCUUCGACGUUGGACACGACCCCCACUGGCAUGCUACACGCGGGCGGAACUUUGCUUUGAUUGAUCGCCUGAAGCGAUAUUACGGUUGUGGUGUCUGGGCUGGAAAACUGUUCUGCUUGUGUGUGAUCAUUGAUUACUUAAUUUUCGUAUUCUGUGAGUGGUGGUGGCCUAGACAUGACAUCCCUAUUGCAAGGGAUUGGCCGAGGAAGAAGGCUCCCGAUGAUGAUAACGAGUAGGCGCAUGAUAGGUUAUAAUGAGGACUAGGGUAAUCGAGGCAGGUGCACGAAGUGUGUAUUUUUACAGCUAAAUACCAUGGCAUAUUUACAGGAAGCGAUAGAAGUUCUGAUUAUUAGGUAUAUAUUUUCUUCGGUCAA